CCCGGAAGUUGUGAACACAGCAGCAGAAGCCCAAAUAUCCCCUCAGUCACUAGGUUGGCUCCCUACACUGGAGUUCGACAUGCCGGCCUCUACUCCCUACCUAGUGCACUAUGUGAUUGACCGGAAGUGAUGUGUGGACAGAUCCCCAGGCUGUUUAAACACGCUGAGCAGCACGCCGGAGCCUGCAGAGACACUUAGACAGACAGGAGAUUAUGGGGAAAAUCAAGCGUGUGCGGAACAAACUUCACCAGGACGCUGUGAAGAUCAGACCUGAGAGGGAGAAAACUUCAUUAUCUCUGGAGAAUAAUCUGGAGAAGCUUCCUGCGUUACCUUUAAACAUUACUCCAAGACCAGAAAGGAAGAAAAAUCCAGCUGUUAAAGCCACAGAUGUGAAGGUGUUUAACUUCCCCAAGGGGGUUUUUGCUGGUACUGUGAUUCCUCCUGAAGCUCUGGUUCAGACUCUCAGUGUUCCUGAGUCUCCAGCAGAACAGACAGAGACCCACACCGCAGAGCAGACCCGAGGUGCUGGUCAGAAGCAGCAGUCGAAGAAGGAGAAGAUGAAGGAGAGACGCGAGCGCUGGAUGGGCAAGAUCAGCGCCAUUAAACUGGCCCGUGAGAAGCAGGCGGAGCUCGCACGCCGCAAGGCCACGCCUGUCGUCGGGGAUAUGAGGAUAUUGGCUGAUGCACUUCCUGAGCUCCGCCCCUUCAUCAGAGCACCCUCCUCCAAGAAACAGAAAGGUGUGGUGAAGAAGAAAGCAGAGCCCACAGAUUUCUGUCAGAUGAAGCCAGCACAGAAACGCAAACUGCUUGAGACGGAAAUGUCCCGCUUCAGUGAAGCGAUGAAAGACUCCACCUUCAAGUCCAGCCCCCUCACUGCCAUUGGUGACCAUUUGAGGAAACGUCUCAAACAUGAAGAUGAGCAGAGUUAACUCCGCCCACUUUCUCCUGAAAGACUCCAUAAUCAUACACAGUGAGGCACUGUCUGAUCUGAGUGCUGCUUUGCUCUGCCCUCACCGUGUGUGUGUGUGUGUGUGUGUGUGUGUGUGUCUAGCCCAGUCUUUGCAAGUUCUUCCAUUAUUAUUCCCAGUGCUGGAGUUGUUCCUCUGCUCUGACUGCUUCAUAUUAAAGGGAAAGUUUAUGAAGUU